AUAUCGGAACGCACCCCAAGUUUGCUGCAGUUGUCAAAGUUAAAAGAAGCAUGAUUUUUGAAUUUUCUUAGGUUAGAAAAAAUGACACAAAACAAAGAAGAUUUAUUAAAAAAUAAAAAAUUUACUUGUCGCGUGAGUAGCACAUUAAAUCGAAAUGCUUCUAUGUUCGGCAAAAAGUAUUUAUUCGAUUCGGAUCAAACAACAUGCUGGAAUUCGGAUCAGGGACUACCCCAAUGGAUAGAAAUUCAAUUCGAUGAAAAUCUGGCCUUCAGUUCGUUUGCAAUACAAUUUCAAGGUGGUUUCGUGGGAACGGAAUGUUUGGUGGAAACAUCCGGGUCAGAGGACGGUAACAAAGAAAGUGAACCAUUUUAUCCGGAAGAUGAUAAUUCGUUACAAGUUUUUCGAUUAUCGAAACAAAAGACAUGUAAAUGUAUUAAAUUCUUAUUUCAAGGUAGUUCUGAUACCUAUGGACGAAUUGUUAUUUAUAAAUUAAGU